AUGAGCAGAAAAGAAGCGCUUUCCUCGUUCAUCCAGCAAAUUCACGCCAGACCGGUCGUGGUAAAAUUAAACAGUGGCGUGGAUUACAGAGGAGUUCUGGCUUGUUUGGAUGGAUACAUGAACAUAGCCCUCGAACAGACUGAAGAGUACGUGAAUGGACAGUUAAAAAACAAAUUUGGGGAUGCUUUUAUUCGUGGAAACAACGUUCUCUACAUAAGCACACAGAAGAGAAGAUAUUAG